AUGAGCAAUCCUGAUGUGAAGACAUUGUUGUCCAUUCCAGGAGACAGAGACGUAUUUACUAAAAUGGCAAGCGAACCCACAUAUCAUGAAGCAUUUAUUCAAUCCUCCAUUGAAGUAGCAGCAAAAGGCAAGUUCAACGAUUUGGAUCUGCAGUGGCUGUACCCAUCUUCUCAAGAAGAAAUGCAAAACUUUGAAAUUCUCCUUGGUGCAUGGCGCCAAGCUGCUGUGGAUGAUGCUAAAACCUACCAUCGACCACAAUGGAUCUUGGUUGCUUCGGUCUCCAACUUACCCUAUGUUGAGAGUAGUAUCGUGUACCUAGUUCAAGGAAUCAAACAAAACUUGGAUUGGGUAAACCUCAUUUCUUACGACUUUUACACCCCAACUUCCUUCUCCUCUACUACUGGACCAUCCUCUGCACUCCACAACCGCAUAGCCAGAUCAUUGUCCGCAAAUUUUGGAAUUGACGCUUGGAUUCAAAGCCUUGCCAAUUUGCCUCGUAAGCAGAUUGUAUUCGAAAUCCCUUUCCACGGUUGGGCAUGGAAGCUCGCCAACCCUGACAAGAACGACGUCUUUUCAAAGGCUCUUGGCCCAGCUAAAGGAUAUCAAUAUAUUUCUCAAGACGGCCAAAUCGAUUACUCAAAUGUCAGAAAGUUUAUAAAAGAGAACCAUGCUGAGUAUGUGAAAGAUGACUCCCGAUAUUCAAUCUCCUACGCCUAUGCUGGCAGCACUUGGAUUGCAUACGAAAGUGAAUACAUCAUUCCGGAUAAAAUUUCAUCUGCAAAGUCAAGCAAGGUGCUUGGUUACUUUGCUUGGAACAUUGCUGCUGACAACGAAGUCAACACUCUUGCUAGCGCAGCCCAAACCAAUUGGUCCUAA